GUGACUAGCUGGGCUCUUGCUAGGUGGAAGGGGCCAAAACUUUUUCUGUCUUCCACCUUUAGUGCUCUGAUCCUGCGGGUACCAGCGUCUGUUUUGGGGUGUGUAUGGGCCUGCAGGGGCUGUUGAAUUGUUUCUUCCCAUUUUGGGCUUGGAGAUGGGUGGGGAGCCCUGAAGAAGUUCCACUCCAGCAGUUCAGGAUGGGUGGGGCAGAUUCCAAGGCCUGUCUGCUGCUACUGGUUUACAGACCCACCCACCAACUAGGAUCCCAGAAGCCCCCAACUCUCAGUGUGGCGACACAAACAUACAUAGUCCAUAAAGGGGCCACCGACACCAGAGGCUUACCUGACUACAGUACCGAACUGCUGAUAGCCCUACCACAGACACACCAUGCCUUCUGAGAUCUGUAUGGUCUAUGAGCUUGGUGAGCCCAUUAAGAGUAUUCCAGAAGGAGAACCCAGAGAAGCAGGCUCCAAGCUCCAUCAGUUCAGUUCUGUGUUUGACUCUCCUUCACCAAAAAACAGCCCAGCAAGCAGUGCCUGGCAGCGCCAUGCUUCAUAAUGUCAGCAAAGGUGUGGUCUAUUCAGCCAACCAAUCUAGUGCCAUGAUAAAGAGGUGGCGCAACCAGGGUGAAAAGAAAGAGAUCAAGAAAGCUUCCAGAGGAGAUCCUGCCAUGUGUUUAGAAGGAGAAGAUACAAUAGCAAGACGUUUGGAUGCUUCUGGAAGAUGGCAAGGAACAUCUGAUACAGCCCUGAAGGGGCAGGAUGGGAACAGGGAAGGAAUGUGGGGAGGAGCUGGGGGAGCCCUAGCCCCCAAUACCUCCUCCCUAUUUCCCCCUGAGCCUCCAGGGGCCUCAAGCAACAUCAUUCCUGUCUACUGUGCUCUCCUAGCUACUGUGGUCCUUGGUCUGCUUGCCUACGUGGCCUUCAAAUGCUGGCGCUCACAUAAGCAAAGGCAACAGUUGGCUAAAGCUCGGACUGUAGAGCUGGGGGACCCUGACAGGGACCAGAGGCAUGGUGACAGCAGUGUCUUCGUGGACUCUCCUCGUGGUCUGGAGCCUUGUAUUCCCAGCCAGGGACCACAUCCAGAUCUUGGCUGCCGACUUUACCUGCAUAUUCCGCAGCAGCAGCAGGAGGAAGUCCAGCGGCUCUUGAUGUUGGGUGAACCUGCCAAGGGCUGGCAAGGGCUGGCAGGCCACCUGGGCUACCAAGCUGAGGCUGUGGAAACCAUGGCCUGUGACCAGGUGCCAGCCUACACCCUGCUAAGGGACUGGGCUGCCCAAGAAGGCAGUAGGGCUACCCUCAGAGUGCUAGAGGAUGCUCUGGCUGCCAUAGGCCGAGAAGAUGUGGUCCGAGUUUUAAGCUCACCACCAGCUGAGGGCUGCUCUGUGGUAUGAGUGACACCUCCCAGUGUUGCCUGCCCUAGCUCUGGGCAUUCUCCUGGCCUCAUGUCCUUCAUGGGCUUCCAACUACUUCUCUGGCUUCAGCCUGCUGUUGUGGCACAACACAGAAGAUCUAGACACUUUAUGUCCCUUCCCCCUCCUCUCCAAGACAGGAAGGGAAGAUAUGGGGGGAUGGGUAAGAGUAGGGCAUGGCUUUGCCCACAGAUCCUCAAUCUGCCUCUUAUGUGCUCCAGCUCAUUUUUUUCUAUUUCAUUUUAAAAUCACAUAUUAAAGGCACCUUUAGACUUUUUUCCUA